AUGCUUACUGUAGACUCGGAGCGGGGUAGUGAGAUUAUGGGAAACCUACGGAAGAAGUCUAAGCUACUAGACAGCAGAAUGAUUUCGGGUGUUAUAUUCAGGCUCGCGCUCCUGGCGCUGGGGGUCCAGGUUACAGUUUUCGCUCGGUCAAGUGUUGGAUUGCAUGGCCCGCAGAUUCCUCUCAGAGCACCUAGUAUCGGCAUUGGUAUUCGUCAGGAUCAGAACCUGGCAAAACCGCACGAUCAACCACCUGUUAUCAAUGAGGCAGAAUUUAUAGCUUUACCUGUUGAUCAUUUUGGGCAUGGAUCUCCGUCCUCGGAGACGUUCCAGAAUAGGUUUUGGGUGAAUGCGACGUAUUGGAAAGAGGGUGGUCCGGUGUUCUUGUUCGAUUCGGGAGAACAAGAUGCAGAGCCUUUGGUCCCUUAUUACCUGCAGGAGUUCCAUGGCCUUUCCGCUGUGAUGAGAUUGGCGAAGCGGUACAACGGCCUCGCGAUUCUGUGGGAACAUCGGUUUUAUGGAAAGUCGCUUCCGUUCCCAGUCAAUGAAAAUACAACAGUGGAGCAAUGGCAAUUUCUGAACACGGAACAGGCACUUGAAGAUAUCGUCUUCUUCGCUAACUCCUUCCCAGGUCAAAAGGUCAAAGCUGCCCCAUUCUCAAACGCGUCAACUGUCCCACCAUCAUCACCACCACCACCACCACCUCCCCCACUGCAAAAAUUCCCCGUCCAUCCGAGUACCACACCAUGGAUAAUGCUCGGCGGGUCGUACCCAGGCAUCCGCUCAGCUUUGAUGAGAAUCCGCAAUCCAGACACGAUUUUCGCGUCGUGGGCGUCGUCUGCACCGGUCCAGGCGCAGGUUGACAUGUCCAGUUAUUAUAAGGCGGCAGAGCGCAGUUUGACUAGGAAUUGCUCGGCGGAUUGGGUCGCUGUUACCCGACAUGUUGAUGAUACGCUCAAGGGAGGGAAUGAGACUGAUAUUGUUAACAUGAAGUUUGAUCUGUUGAAGGCUAGAUUGAGUGGGCCGGGAGGGAAUACGACUGGGGCGGCUGGGUUGACUUUACAGAUUGCAAAGGACACGAGCAACGUCGACGCAGCUUCCAUUCUCAUGGAUCCCUUGGACUUUUAUCAAUACUAUGGCUUCAAAGCGUCUUUACUCCCAUUCUGCAACAUCCUAGAAACGCAGAAUGGUACAAGCGCUGCGUUUGAGUCGGGGCUUGUUGCCCAAUUCGGUGUUGAUACCGCAUUCAAGUCCUUUUUGACCGCAAUUGCUGAGAUAGACUACGAUUCUAUCCCUGGAAAUGCGGAUGACCCCGUGCAGGACAGGUCAUGGAUGUGGCAGUAUUGUUCAGAAUACGGUUAUUAUCAACGAGGGGAUUCCAACAACCCUCUGUCCAUUGAAACCUCUUUUUUGUCGCUUGAACUUUUCCAGGAACAGUGUAAUCAGACUUUCGGGAAGGGGUUGCCUGCGUCGCCUCAAGUCCAAAAUGUGAAUAAGUACGGCGGGUGGAAUAUGAAUCCCUCUAACGUUAUGUUUUCCAAUGGAGAAUUCGAUCCUUGGAGAACGAUGGGGCUAGCUUCGAUCGAAUCCAACUCUCCAAAACGAACACCUUCACCAAUCAUCCCUGCAUGCAACAAACCUUUAUCCGAGUCCUCCUCCGCAUCCACAUUUUUCGGUAUCACAUACGACAACAUGGUGCAUGUGUCCGACAUGCGUGUGCUCCUUGUUCCAGAUGACAACCACAGCGAUUUUAAGACUGUAGGAUUCUACAGCCCCGUUUCUCAGGAGCCAUUCUUUACGGGGCUGGGUCUUUUCCAGUUGGCGUUGGACGAGUGGCUUCCUUGCUUUGGAAAAUAA